CGCUCGGCUGUCUCCGCCCCCGGCGCUCGGCGGCGUUCGGCUGUCUCCGGCCGAUCGCUCGGCGCUCGGGUCCGCGGCCGCUGCGGCGCCGGGCAUUUCUCCGCAGCUCGGCUCGCGGCCGCGCCCGCCGCCGCCCGGCCCGCGCCCAUGCAGGCCAUCAAGUGCGUGGUGGUCGGCGACGGCGCCGUGGGGAAGACAUGCUUGCUGAUCAGCUACACGACCAACGCCUUCCCCGGAGAGUACAUCCCCACCGUUUUUGACAAUUACUCUGCCAACGUGAUGGUGGACGGGAAACCAGUCAACUUGGGGCUGUGGGACACAGCGGGUCAGGAGGACUACGAUCGGCUGCGGCCACUCUCCUACCCCCAAACUGACGUCUUUCUGAUCUGCUUCUCCCUGGUGAGCCCGGCCUCCUUCGAGAACGUUCGUGCCAAGUGGUACCCGGAGGUGCGGCACCACUGCCCCCACACGCCCAUCCUCCUGGUGGGCACCAAGCUGGACCUCCGCGACGACAAGGACACCAUUGAGCGGCUGCGGGACAAGAAGCUGGCGCCAAUCACCUACCCACAGGGCCUGGCCAUGGCCCGGGAGAUCGGCUCUGUGAAAUACCUGGAGUGCUCAGCCCUGACCCAGCGGGGCCUGAAGACAGUGUUUGACGAGGCAAUCCGCGCGGUGCUCUGCCCGCCCCCAGUGAAGAAGCCGGGGAAGAAGUGCACCGUCUUCUAGAGCCCUGGCCCACCCGAACCUGAGGGCUGGCGGGGAGCAGCCCUGGACGUGUCCGCUGUUGUGUUGAGGCGUGUGGUGUCCCUGAGUCGGCUGUGGGGAGCGGUGGGGGUGGGCGGGGGGAAGCAUGGGGAUGAGGCUGGGUGGCAGGAUCCUGUCUUCUCUGCCGCCUCAUUCUGGGGUGUGGCUCCAGCCUUCCCUGGCCCCCGCCGGAGGCCGGGAGGGAGCAGGGUCUCCCUCAGGGCUGCAGGGGCAGGUGCAGGGAAGCCCCAGGAUGGGCUUCCCUGGAGGGGGAGGGUGGGGGGCAGUUCUGUUCCUUGUGCCCCGAGGUGGGGCAGCCCCUUCUUAUUUUAUACAAUAAACAUUCUCCACCUAA